UAGAUCCAUCAUUGUUUAUAUAAAAGAUUAUAAAAAUUCACACACGCACCCACACACACACACACUCUCUCUCUCUCUCUCUCGCAUGCUGCACAUUUCUUUCUCUUUUCUUUCAUUCUUUCUCUUUUUCUGAUUUGCUUUAUAUCAAGGGGGUCGAUUAUGCUGUGCUCUAUGGUUGAAGAGAACGAUGUCUGUCAAACACUUCGUGUGCGGGAUUGGCUUAUCAUUGUUGGUGUGGCUGUUAUUAUUCUAGCCGUGCUUUUUGCCGCUGUCAGCGUGGCCGUCAUGCUCUUUUCACGAAGAACAUCGUCUUUGCCAACAAGAACAUGUUGCAUCUAUAGUACUAGUACUGACGAUCCAGAAAGACAGCCGUUGUUGCUUCAACCUCCCAAUAACCAUCCAGUCAUGCAACGAACAGCGACGUUCUAUCGAUGGGACAAGUUAUCACUGCCUAGUGCAACACCAGUAACAACACAAAAUGAAAAGACACCUUUACCAAAACAACAACAGCAGCGGCCAUCCUCGCCAGCAGCAGCAGCAUCUGCAACACGGCAAUACUACCACCCUGCUUCGUAUAUGACUCCUACGGAACGAAUUUACUGGCAUCAACGCCGUGAAACACUUUUGCAGCGUUACGCCGCCGCUUGACGAUAGAGAUGCUGACGAUGGAAACAAAAAGGAAAAACAAGCAAUUAUCUGUCAAUAAGUGUUGUAUCAUAAUCUUCGUAAACGUGAAUCAAACACACAAACGAAAUAGUCUUGCACACAUACACCGACCACCAUAACCACCUAUUACAAUUGCACACACACACACAUUGUACGGUUUAAAGUUGUAACUUUAUCCUGCCGACCCGUUUUCUGUUGGCUUGUGCCCGUGUCCCAUGCAUAUGUAAUAAAGAAAGGCCUCAUCCCGUUUAGUCUAGUUCGGACACGUAACCUGUAAGGUCGUCCUCCCCGUCUCAAAAUAAUCAAUUUGACUCUCCCACGAUUGCUAUUUCCAAAAGUAUAUGCUGCCAUAACCGUUGCUGAUGCCGUC